AUGGAAGAGCAGCUUUGUGAGCACAAUGAAGCAAUGAUGGAAAGUGAUGAUGGGAUUCUAGGUGAUGAUAUCUCUGAGAUUACAUGGGAGGAAAGUGAAGAGGAAGUUGAUUCUUCUCAUAAAAAAAGGUUGAGUUACUCUGAGAAGGCACAGAUGCGAAAAUGCCAGAGAAUUCAGCGGGAGCUCGAGUUUCUCCUUCAGGAAAAAGAUUUGGAAGUCCAAAAAAUAAGAGAAGAAUUAAAAGAAUGUCGCAGGAGAAUGGAAAUUUUAAAGGAACAGAGAGAUAAAGUGGAAGAAGAUAUUCAAGAGCAAGAAACUGCCAACAAUAUUGCUGCUUUGUUUCGUCUUCGAGCACAACACAGACGGCUGUGUGAAGAGCUUCGAGAGGAGGAAGACAUUCAUUCAAAAAUUGAUUUGACAUUGCAAGAGACUGAAUAUGAACUCUUCAAAGUUGAACUUGAGCAAGCAAAAUUAUUGCAACUCCAUGAACAACAUAAGAAGGAUGAGGAAGAAUAUGAAGUCCAACGUGCACUUGAGGCAAAACAAAGACUGGAAGCCAAUGAGGCUGUUCGUUUACAGGCAGAGAGAAGGAUAAAAACAAUCAAAAAGAAACCCAUGAAAGAUCUUAAAGAUCAAGAAAUGGAACACAGGAAAGCAGUGGAGAACGCUAAAAAAUACAAUCAGAAAGCAAUACAGUUUCUGAAGGAAUCUAUGGCAAGAGUUCGUGAAGAACAAGCUGUAAAAGAACUACAGAUAAGGGAAGACCUGGAGAAAAGGAUGCAAAGUGUAUUGUCGCUGAAGAAGAACAUUGAGUUGAACCAAGAAAAUCAACGAGCAAUACAGCUGAGAAGAAAAGCUCGGGCCGCAUCAGAAAAACAAAAGCAGAAGAGAAAAGAAACCCUGAUCUUAGAAAGUGGAGUUGCCCAACAAUUUAUUAUCUAUGCAAAGCACCAGCAGGAAUUUGAGAAAAAGAAACAGGAAUUUAUAAAGCAGCAGAAAACUUCGAAGGCGGAAAUUAUGGCUAAGAUCCUUAGAGAAGAAAGCAAUAUGGAAAAGAAGAAACGAGUCAAUCCGGCAUUAUUCCCUGAAACAUCAAAGACACAAGAUAAUGUUUCAGGGGCAUGGAAACCCAAAAAAAAACUGUACAAGUACCUGGGGAAUAUUUCUGAAGACAAAGAACUUAUUAGUAUCGAUGAACAAAAAGAAUGGCAAGUCCUCUCAUCAGAUUCAGAGGAAGAAACUGUCACAGGACAGAACCAAGAUCAUCACGAACCAGACAUCAACGAUGAUGAGGAUGAAGAAAGUCUUAAUCAGCCUGAAUUCUCUGGACUUUGGGAUUAUGAGCAGAAACCAUGUCAGGAUGAACCCACCGAUAAACAUUUUGGUGCAGGGACCAGUAAAAUGGAACAAGAAAUCUUAGCGCGACAACUGGAUAAACAAAGAAGUGGGAUCAUUCACAAACAGGUGGCAGCUGGCCGUGAAUUCAAAGGUUGUCCUUUCUAUAGCAAGCCAGCUGUCGUUCACUUCCAGAACUUUGAUAUUGGGAAAACAUACAAGAAAAGGGCGACACUGAUAAAUGCUUCAUACGGUAUCACUUACUGUAAACUGAUUGACAUCAGUGAUCACCUGAAAGACUUCAUUGAAGUUGAAUUCAAGCCUUCUGGUCCAGUUUCAGCUGGCAUGUCCUGUGAAAUGACAGUAAUUUUUAAACCUAUGCUAAAUGAAGAUCUUGAAGGAGAAAUAAUGUUUCGGGCUCAGACAGGAUCCUUUACUGUUCCGCUUAAAUGUACAACUAAAAAAUGUGACCUUUCUGUGGAUAAAACAUUUGUCGAUUUUGGCUCCCAUGUUAUUGGUAAAACAAUUACACAGACCGUAACUCUGACCAAUCGUGGAGCUCGGGGCACUCACUUUGAGUUUCUGCAAAUGAAUUUCACUUCAUCAGUGUCUAAAGAGCCAGGAAGUAAAUCGACUCCUUCAGCAGAGAUUGAAGAAAGUAAGUUUCAUGGUUCUGAAGUGGCAUUUACUCACAUACAGACAUUCUGUAAGAUUAUUAAUGCCCUGUUCUAUUUAUUUGAACUUCCAGAACAUGAAGAGGAUUUGUUUAUCAUUGAUCACCCAGUCUCCAAUGAGAUCAAAAUUGGCCAGGUCACAAAGGAUAGCAUUGACCCAUUUUCUUCAAUCAAGUUGCCAAUUAUCUUUCUGCCUACAGUCCCUGGCAACGCACAGGCAGAUCUUGAGUUAGUAUUUCCUUAUGGAGCCCACAAAAAUAUCCCCAUUAAAGUUCAAGCACAAGCCGUUGACGUACCAGUCUGGGUUUCAAAUCCUAAUAUAGACUUGAAAAUCUGCAUGUAUGACCGACUUUAUCAAGAUGCCAUCCGUGUUCACAACAGGGCAUCCUUAGGACACCAGGUAAAAUUUGUGGUGUGCAAAGAGCUGAGAAACCAUUUGGAAUUUCUACCUAAAAGUGGUUUUAUCCAAGCGCACUCCAGUUUAAGUUUUCAACUCAAAUUUCUGCCAAGAAAAUCUUUACCUGAAGAUGCUAACAUUUACUUUAAUACGUCAACUCUUGUCCUGGAGGCUCCAAUGAACAUAUGGGUGGCAAAUCAGGUUAGAUUAAUUCCAUUCACUGUUCACGCUGUUGUCACCAGCUCAGACAUAGAGAUUGAUCAUCAAACAAUUGACUUUGGACCUUGUUCAAUCUAUGAAACUGUUCGGAAAACUGUCCGGAUCAGAAACAAAUCAAUCUUGAGCCAGGAGUUUGGAUUUGUUGGCGUUCCCGAGUAUGUAGACGUGCAACCCAAUGAUGGCUUUGGUGUACUCCUCCCUCUCGAGAGACUGAGUUUGGACAUCAUGUUCAAAGCUAAACAAGCCAAAGAGUACAACUUUGAGCUGAUCUGCAAGUCCGAAAUCAACAGGGACUUCCAGAUUUCCUGCAAAGCUGUUGGCGUUGUCCCUCCACUCCACUUGUCCCAUUCAGUGGUUCACUUUGCUGCUACAGCACUGAACAACAUUGCCACAGUGACUCUGUACGUGGUGAACUCGCACACCAGCCAGAAUGAAUUUACUCAUCAGGUACCCAGGAUCGGAAGUGGAGAAAUCGCUCCUGUGGGACCCACAACAUUUGAAUUUAUCGUUCCAGAGUCCUCCUCUCUAACCAUUGUGCCCGCUGUUGGGACAGUGUUGCCAGGACAGAAAUGUAAGGUGGUCCUAACAUUUAAGCCAACACUAUCAGACCUGCAGGUCCAAGAGGAAGCUGUGCGGAUGUUGUGUUGGGCAGAAGAAACGAGGAGAAUUUUGGAGAAACAGGAAACGGAGAGCACUGCAAAAUCAGAACAGGAUACAUCAAACAAAAAGAAACCACAAUCAAAACAAAAGGACUUAAAGGAACACAGUCCAGGUCCUCCUAAACCACCAGUCAAAGAGACCAACACUCCAUUCAAGCCUCCUGAUCCAGCAGACAUUGCUGUUGAUUCUGAUGCUUACAACGCUGCUCUCGCUUCAUUGCUGAGGAAUUUCAAGGAGGAAUUCCAUAGUUUUGUUAUUCCCUGUUUUAUUAUGCAUGGAGAUGCAACAAGCUAUAAAAAGGAAGGUUACCUUCCUUACAGCAUUCACAACACCCUGUAUCUGGAGGUUAAUUGCCCCACAGUUGCCCCACCACUUGUACUUGUUUCAUGUAACAAACGGAAUAUUGUGGACUUUGGAGAGAAUGCAGUAGGGCAUAGAGUGCUUAAAAAAGUCAUGGUUCAGAAUAUUUCUCAAGAUGAUCUGGAUCUGAAAUCAACUGUCCUGGAUCCUGGAGGGCCCUUCCAGCUGUUAAAUUUUCUUCGAGCUCUUCAACCCGGAGAAACUCAGAAUCUUAGUUUUUCCUUCACACCAACAGCUAGCAAAGUGUUCUAUGAAUCCAUGGAAAUCAGAACUGCUAAAGCAAACUGUUCCCUAAUCCUGACUGGGUGUGGUGUAGACCCAAUAGUGACAUGCUCUGUGGAAAAAGUAUUGGAUAUGGGAUAUGUUCUUGCAAAUCAAAAAAGAACAGUAACAUAUCAGUUGCAGAAUGCCACAAGGCUUCAUGUCAUGUUUGAUGUGAAGCUGGGAAGUCUGUCUUACACAAAGUACAAAGACCAGCAAGAGUUACCACCCUUCUUAGCAUCAAAUGAAAUAUCUGAUCCUUUAGUGGGUACUCAGAACUUUGGUGGCCAGAGUGUCUUCAGUGUUUCUCCUGUUAAAGGCUGCAUAGAAGCAAUGCAGACUCAAGAAUUUGAAGUAACUUUCAGCCCAGACCAUGAAAGUCUAUGUUACUCAGACGUGAUAUAUGUAGAGCUGUUUGACAAGGUCAGUCACACGAUCCAGCUGAAGGGAGCUGCAAGAGAACAUUUGAUGUUUGUUGAAGGUGGAGACCCAAUAGAUGUCCCAGUGGAGUCGUUAAGCAUCUUACCAAGUAAUGAGAAUAUGGAUGGAACAGAUGUUCCUCGACCAUUGAAGUCAGUUCUGCUCACUCUGAAAAGCAUCAAGUCUGACAAUAAAUACACCACAGCUUUGAGAGAAUUCCAGGUAGGAUGCAUCCGAUCGACCCAAGCUGCUGGGAAAAAGAGUGUUGAGUUCAUCAUUGACAAUCCACAGGCAGUUCACGUGAAGGGAUUCACCAUUGAUCCGAUCAGAGGUGUGCUGGAAGCUGGUAACACAAGGACCAUCACUGUUCGCUGGACUCCCCCUAGUGGGCACGAUGCACUUCAGAUCAUCUCGGCCACUGUUAAAAUGUCCAUUAAAGGAGACAUCACAGAAAACUACGAAAUCAUUUUGAUGGCCGUGGUUGUCCGACAAGCACAGAACAGCGGAGUGGGGCACAGUCUCGUGGUGCAGACUGAGGCCGUGCAAAUGCUGAACCCCAGUGGGCUGGACCCUGAGCCCAUUCCCUGCUCCCAAGCCCUGGUGGGCCGGACCCUGAGCCUGUUCCCUGCUCCCCAGCCCCGAUUUUUGCACACUCUGAUCUCCAGCGACCGGAUGUGUGACGAGAACAACACCGGGUAUGAACUAACUGGAGGCUGGUCGCUGGAGAUCGGAGUGUGGCCGGGGACUGGGGAAGAGGAAAGCUACAGAAGUGGAGCUAAUGGGAACGGUUCAACCUUCAGCAGCUUCACUCCAGAACCACAGUCAUGUGAACCCCAGUAG